AUGGCAACAGACAUUAAUCUAGUUUCCCAAAGUGGAAGGAUGUCGCAAACAUUCAAGCCAUUCCUCCUUCCAUUGCUUGGUGGCUUUGCUCUUAUGCUCCUCCUAGUUCAUGCCCGGGAUGAUCAACCAGAAAAAUAUAGAAUAAUGGAGAAUGAGCAAACCGACCUAGCAAAGUCGGUGAAUCCAAAAUAUCAAAUGGUAUCAGAGCUUGUUCCGAUUAACCUUGGGCGUUGGUUCACUCUAAACCUCUUCAUCCAUAAACUAACACAUCUUAUAUACAAUCCAUGCCUUCCAUGUGUCUCAGGAUUCAUUAGCAUAGACUGCGGCCUUGCCGGAAAUUCCAGCUAUACUGAAAACACAACCGGCAUUAACUACAUUUCAGACGAAACCUUCAUAGACACGGGUGAAAGAAAAUCCGUGUUACAGGAAUAUGGCUAUAGGUAUCAAGAGCCCUACACGUCUCUUAGGAGCUUCCCUGAAGGAAACAGAAACUGCUACGAGAUCAAUGUUACUGAUGGCUACAAGUAUUUAAUCAGAUCAAGUUUCGUAUAUGGGAAUUAUGAUGGCCAAAAUAAAGUUCCUGAAUUCGAUCUGCACCUUGGAGCUAACUUAUGGAGCUCGGUGAAGUUGGAGAGUGCAUCUACUAUCACACACAAGGAGCUCAUACAUGUCCCUGGCCGAAACUACAUACAUGUUUGUCUGGUAAACACAGGCUCCGGGGUCCCAUUUAUAUCAGCUCUAGAAAUAAGGCCUUUAUUGAAUGGAUCUUAUGUAACUGAAGGGGAGUCCUUGGCACUUGACAUGCGAUUUGACACGGGUCAAAACGCUAAUUUAACUUCAUAUCGGUUUCCAUAUGAUGCUUUUGAUCGCAUCUGGAAUGGCUACUACGACAAUGAUUGGACACAAUUAAUUACCACAUCCACCAUAGACAAUAGCAAUAAUUUCCGACCACCAGAAAUUGUCCUGAGCACAGCUGCUACACCGAAAAAUAAAAACGGUUCCUUGGAAAUACUGUGGCUGCCUUCUGAUAAUGUUACGGAAUAUUAUGUUUACAUGCACUUUUCAGAAGUUGAGAAACUCCCAGGCAACCAGUCUAGACAGAUGUACAUCAAUAGGGAUGGAGAACUCUUUCGCAAAAGUCUUGUUCUUGAGUACUUGUCCACCUGGACUAUUUACAGCACUAAAGCUCAAAGUAGUGGAGGACAAUAUAAUUUCUCAAUCUUUAAGUUUGAGAACUCUACCCUUCCACCAAUCCUCAAUGCUAUCGAGUUUUACAUGGUAAAAGAAUUCUUAGAAUCAGAAACAAACCAAGCAGAUGUUGACGCAAUCAAAGAAAUCAAGUCAACUUACAAGAUUAAAAAGAACUGGCAAGGAGAUCCAUGUGUCCCGCAUGCUUACUUGUGGGAAGGUCUAAACUGUAGCUAUCGUGAAAAUGAGUCCCCAAGAAUCAUAUCCUUGGACUUGUCCUCAAGCGGACUGACAGGGGAGAUAGCUACUUCUAUAUCCAAUCUCGAAAUGAUACAUACAUUGGAUUUAUCAAACAACAACUUGAUAGGACCAAUUCCGGACUUCGUGUCUCAAUUGCCAAACUUAAAUGUGCUAAACCUGGAGAAAAACAAGCUCACAGGCUCAGUUCCAAUUAGACUAAUUGACAGAAACAAGAGUGGAGUUGUUGCAGAAGCAAAAGACACCAUUGGGACAUCAGUGGAGUCAACAAAACGGCAGUUUACAUACUCUGAGAUCAUUAAGAUCACGAACAACUUCAAGCGGAUUCUUGGAAAAGGUGGAUUUGGAAAUGUUUAUCAUGGCUACAUCGACGAUACUCAACUAGCUAUCAAGAUGCUUUCGCCAUCCUCGGUUGAUCUUCUUCUGAGAGUUCAUCACAAAAAUUUGACAAGCCUGGUUGGAUAUUGCAAUGAUAAGACUGGGGUAGGGCUUGUCUACGAGUACAUGUCCAGUGGAAAUUUGCGUGAACAUCUUUUUUCAGGUAGCAGCUCAAAUAUCUUGACUUGGAAAGACAGACUUCAAAUAGCAAUAGACGCUGCACAAGGAUUGGAGUAUCUGCACUAUGGCUGUAAGCCACCAAUAAUCCACAGGGAUGUAAAAUUAACAAAUAUUUUGCUGAAUGAAAAUUUCCAAGCCAAGCUAUCUGAUUUUGGACUAUCCAGAACUUUCCCCUCCAAUGAUGACACUCAUGUAUCGACCGUCGUUGCUGGCACUCCCGGCUACCUUGACCCAGAGUUGAACGAGAAAAGUGAUGUUUAUAGCUUCGGGGUUGUGCUGCUGGAGAUUAUCUCCUGUCGACCUGUUUACUCAUCAAGGGAACAUGAAAGAAUUCACAUCAGUCGGUGGGUGAGGUCCAUGCUUGCAGAAGGAGACAUUUACGGCAUUGUUGAUCCGAGGUUGGAGAGACACUUCAACACGAACGCUGUAUGGAAGGUUGUGGAGAUAGCAAUGGCAUGUGUAUCUCCAAAUGCUAUAAAAAGGCCAACCAUGAGUCAGGUGGUGGUGGAACUAAAGGAGAGUUUGGCAACAGAGAUUGCUGGAACAAGGCAGAGCCAUGAAACUAAGUUAACAAAUUCCAUUGAGAUAAGGUCUGAUAGUUCGAUCUCUAUGCUAAAUCCCUCGGUUAGGUAG